CAAUAAAAAGCUUAUUUUGAUCAAGAGGCUGGAAGAACGAAUGGGACUUUAUUUAGACCCAAAUAGUCUCGAGAUGGCAACCAAUAAAAAAAAUGAUAUCGUGAAGAUACAAGUAUUGGCACAGCCUCCUCCCUCUAGAGUCUAGACGCAGCCCAGAGUGCAUCUUCCAUCAAAAGAAAGGCAGAAAGAGAGAAAAAUAAUAAAUAUUGAAAAUGCACUUGAGCGAAAACGAAGGGAUAGAAGGCAACACCUUCGUGGUGACUGGUGGGCUGGGCUUCGUCGGCUCCGCACUCUGUCUGGAGCUGGUCCGCAGAGGUGCUCGCCAGGUCCGACCCUUUGACCUUCGUCUCACUUCUUCUUGGUCUCACAAACUCACUACUCAUGGAGUUCAGUGCAUUCAAGGGGAUCUCACCUACAAAAGAGAUGUUGAAAAAGCUUUACGUGGUGUGGAUUGUGUCUUCCAUCUUGCUUCAUUUGGCAUGUCAGGGAAAGAAAUGCUGCAGUUUGGCCGCAUUGAUGAGGUGAAUAUAAAUGGAACCUGCCAUAUUCUGGAAGCAUGCAUUGAGUUUGGGAUCAAAAGGCUUGUUUAUGUGAGCACAUAUAAUGUCGUCUUUGGGGGAAAGGAGAUUGUGAAUGGCAAUGAAGCCUUGCCUUACUUCCCAAUUGAUGACCAUGUUGAUCCAUAUGGAAGUAGCAAAUCAAUUGCUGAACAGUUGGUUCUGAAGUACAACGGCAGUCCUCUGAAGAAGAAUAACGGAAAACGUCUUUAUACAUGUGCAAUUCGUCCAGCUGCUAUAUAUGGGCCAGGUGAAGAAAGACACUUUCCAAGGAUCAUGUCCUUUGCAAAGUUGGGUCUUCUGCCUUUCAUAAUCGGUGAUGCAAAUGUGAAGACUGACUGGGUUUAUGUAGAUAACCUUGUGCUUGCACUGAUAUUGGCAAGCAUGGGACUCUUGGAUGACAUUCCCAUGACUGGAGGACGUCCUGUAGCUGCUGGACAGCCAUACUUUAUAUCUGAUGGAUCUCCAAUCAACAGUUUUGAAUUCCUCCGACCCCUUCUCAGAAGUCUAGAUUAUGAUCUGCCAACAGCUUCUUUAACUGUACCCCAUGCUCUCAUUCUAGGAAAGAUUUUCCAGGCUAUCUAUACACUCUUGUAUCCCUGGUUGAAUAGAUGGUGGCUUCCUCAGCCAUUUAUCCUUCCAGCUGAAGUAUACAAGGUUGGUGUGACCCAUUAUUUCUCUUUCCUUAAAGCUAAGCAGGAGCUUGGCUAUGUUCCAAUGGUGACUCCUCGGGAAGGCAUGGCUGCAACCAUCUCCUACUGGCAGGACAGGAAAAGGAAAAUGUUGGAUGGACCUACCAUAUAUGCAUGGCUGUUUUGUGUGAUUGGGAUGGGUACAUUAUUCUGUGCAGCUUACUUACCAGAUACAGGACCAGUGCCGCUCUUCAGAGCUAUCAGUCUUUUCGUCUUCCGUUCGAUGUGGAUGACAAGGACAGUAUUUCUUCUAGCUACAACAGCGCAUAUUUGUGAGGCCAUAUAUGCAUGGCGUCUAGCAAAACGGGUGGAUCCUGUUAAUGCAAGAGGAUGGUUUUGGCAGACUUUUGCCCUUGGGUUCCUUUCAUUGCGUUUUCUCUUGAAAAGAGAAAAAAAUAAGUCCUAGUUACUGCAAAUGUAUUCCUAGACUAAGCUUCCGUUUAUUACACAGAAAAUAAAAUAUUUUCUAUCAUUUGAAUGCAAUGCUAAACUAACGAUACGGGUUUAUAUUAUGUAUAUAUAAGAGUUUUCACGUCUUGGUAAGAUUAUCAAAGAUUAGAGAAUGAAAAUUUAUGAGAAGUCACUCUUCCACCCAUUUUCCAAGAAA